GUGCGCUAUGUGGUUAAUUCGAAAAGCAAGCGUGAAUAUUAUUAUAUUUCUUUAAGUAUUUAAACUAUUUACCUCUUCAGCAUGUACAGACCACGCCUUCCUUUCAUGGCUGAUAAUUAUAAACAGAAUUUUAGGCCGCCGUUUCAAAUAAGGUCGAAUUUUUCGCCAAGAGGAAGGCCACCGCGUUUUGGAUACCAAUCCAACCAAAGAAAUAAUUCAUUUCCAAGGCAACACGAUGAAGAAUACUGGUGUGAAACUUGCGACAGAGGGUUCCCAAACGCUGGAAUUCUGGCAAAGCAUAAACAAGAACACGAGACUUGUAAUAUAGACGGAUGCAAAUUCACAGCACAUCCAAAAGUGAUCACAAAUCAUAUUAAAAUGCAACAUUCCUCGGGAUUAUUCAAAAAAAUUGCAAACUUAAAGAACCCUGAAGAAAUUGAAAAAUGGAGAGAGGAAAGAAAGAAAAGAUAUCCUACUAAAAUUAAUGUAGAAAAGAAGGCAGCAGAAACAAAAGAAAAAAUUGAGAGGGGAGAGAAAAUGGGUUUAAAACAUGACAAGAACAGAAAAUCAGAUCAAACCCACAAAAGGACUCAUGAAGGAAGGAACAAUGAAAGUGGUGAUAAAAGAAAGAAAAUUGUAAAACCUAACCUGCCUAAAAAAAUGCCUGCUAGAAAAGAAAUACCCCUACCUGUAUUCGAAUAUAAUAGGAAACUGAAACCUUUUGCUGGGAUUUUGAGCCUGACAAUUGAUAGUGACAAUGAAGAGAAUGCUAAGCAAGAUGUAGAGUGCAGUUAUAUAAUUGAAGAUGAUGAAGAUUGUCCCCAACAGACUGUUCCAGAAACUAAACCUUCUAAAACUGGGGAACCGUCAGUAUGUAGUGCACUAUCAUCUCUUAUGUGUGAAUAUGGAUCUUCUGAUGAAGAAAGAGAAAUAACACAUCCACCAAAUAUUUCCAUAGGUCCAAGUGUAAAUAAUUCUAAAGAAAGCAAAACACCUAUAGAGUCUGCAUUAUUAUCUCAACAUAAAAACACAAUAGAAAAACAUGAAAGUGAUGAUGAUAGUGGCCCUGAAGAAGUAAAGGUUGAUAAACAAACAGAAAAUGAAACUGACAUAGUGCCUGAAAAUUCAAAAGAAAAUAUAAUAAGGAGAAUACAAAAUAAAAGGCAUAAUCCACUUAAAAAGCCUGUGAAUAGGAAACCAAAAUCAAAAUUGCCUUCUACACUUCUUCAGAAAUUGCUUCAUAGAGAAAUUCAGCAAGAACGCAAUAUAGUUCUUCAGUGUAUAAGACAUAUUGUAAAGCAUAAUUAUUUUGAUAAGUGAUUAAAUAAA